CAUCCACAUCCAGACAAACUUGAAGUGACUGGACUGGGAGCUUCUGGAGAUCUGUGCUUCAUUAGCACUUGGGAUGCUUGAUACUGCUGGGAAUCCUGCAUAAAUGGGAAGGAACAGGAACUCUGCUGUACGACCGCACAGGCACUGUGAGACAUGCUUCAGCCGGCGCUGCAGGGCCCCCGUGGAGAUCUCUGUCUCCUGUGUGAUCAUCAGCUGCCGCCUGCUCUGUGGAGCUGUCUUCCACUUGUGCAAGGAGGAGGAGCACCAGCUCCUCUGCCCCAAUGAGAAGGUACCCUGCCUCAAUGCCCACUUUGGCUGCCCCUUCACCAUUGCCCGCUCCAAACAGGCCCAGCACCUGGAGGUGUGCCCAGCCAGUGUGGUCUGCUGCUCCCUAGAAUGGAACCGCUGGCCUGUGGAGGAGACAAAUGCUGUCUAUGACAAUGCCCUGAAAGAGCAACAUUCUGAGGAGCAGCUGAAUCUGUCCAUGGCACUCAGGGACCAGAAGCACCUUUUCAGCUCUCUGAAAAUGAAUGCCCUUUUUGCUGAGCUAAUUGAGAAGAUAGAGGAACCCUGCCCUGUGGAAGUGGCUGGGGCCGUGGGCGGCAUGGCCUCAGAGGGUUGUGUGGCACAUCAGUCAGGCACAUCCCUGUACUUUCUCCCCAAUGACCCAGAAAUGCAAGAGCUGACCCAGGAAGAGCGUGAGGCUCUGGCCAAAGACAGGGAAGUGGCAGGGUUGGAGAACUACACCUUGUGGGAGAAAAUGUUCAGCAUGGAGAAGAGUGGCUGUGACUCUGCUGUGCAGGCUCUGGCCAAUGCAAAACCUGAUGAGAAGAAGACAUUGUCACAGCAAAUUCCAACACUACAAGAAGUGUCUCAGGAGAGCUAUAGCAAGGGUGUCACCAUGCUCACUGAUGUUACCAAAACAGACCAGGCUUCCUGGCAGGAGGGCACCAUCAAUAGGCAAGGGAAAGGGCACAGUAUGUCAGAUAACAGUGGGUACCUGGAGCAGAAUGGGACCAUGAUGGUUGAAAUUGGCCAGGUUGCCCCCUGUGUCCCCAAACCGAAGCACUUUGUUUACGCCUACCUGGCACCCAUGCAGAUCAAAACUGUCCGAACCUUUAAAAUCCCCACCAGCUUCCAGGAGAAGCAGGGCCGCAUCCGGAACCCUUCAAACAUCCGGAAGAUAAGCAAAGCUGUGGACACGUCCGAUUUGGGAAUCUGCAUGGAAGACAUUCCAAAAUGUGACGAGAUCCAAGCAACCUUGCUGUGUGCUUUGGAGAAGGAGCUAAAAGGGCAUCUGAUCUCUGAGCCAAGUUCAACAGACGCCCUGCUUUCUGAUAUAGGAACCCAGACCUAUCACUUCCUUUCUGCGCCAUUCAAGCAAGAUGACUCCCUAGCAGACAUUGUGGCUGACAGGGCAUUGAAGCUGCAUGUACAGAUGGAGGCUGAGUGUGUGACCAGUCGGCACAACAAGGUGAGCUCUGCGUUCACAUUCUUGUGCGGCCAUUUCUACCGAAGGGAUGAGUUCCCCGCACACUUCAAGAAUGUUCACUCAGACAUCCAGUCCGGCCUGAACGGCUGGUUCGAGCAGCGCUGCCCGCUGGCAUACCUUGGCUGCACUUACAGUCAAAAGAGAUUCCAGCCUUCCACCCACAGAGCCACAGUUACCUACAACCAGGAGCUUAGCACCUUCACCCUCAGACCCGAGGUCUCUCCCUCACUCUAUCAGGGAGUAAAAACCAUCACCACAGAAAGAAAGCGUGCCCGAAAUUUGGACUCGCUCAGUAGACUGCCUUUUGAGGUCCUUGUGCACAUUGCUGGCUUCUUGGACAGCUUCACUUUAUCCCAGCUAGCCCUGGUCUCCAGGCUAAUGAGAGAUGUCUGUGAGACUCUCCUGCAGGAGAGGGGAAUGGUCUCCCUAAAGUGGGAAAAAAAGACAUACGCUCACGGAAGGUCCUGCUGGAAAUCCAGGAAAAAGGUGUGGCAGUUCAGUAACCUCUUCUCUACGGUGGAGAGGUGGAGCUUUGACAACAUCCCUUCCAUGUCCCAGCACCUGAAAGUCUGUCCCUUCUACAAAAGAGAGGAGAAGAGGCAGCCUUCAGCCCUGGCCAGCAUGUGUGACCACAAACAGGAAGGAAAGAAGCAUGACAGCCUUGUUGCAAUGUUUCUCAGUAACAAAUGAUGUUUUGGUUACAAAGAGAGAGAGGCUGCUACAGGGAAUAUAUUUAUAUAAAUGUGAACUCCAUAAUGUUUUGGACAAAGACCUAUUUAUUUUUUCUUGAUUUGGCUCUGUACUCAACAAUUUUAGAUUUGUAAUCAAACAGUUCACGCAUUGUUAAACUGCACAUUCUCAACUUUUAUUUAAGGGUUUUUCUGGGACGUAUGUUAUGUAAUAUGAUGUUAUGUAAAUGACUGUAGUAAUGUAACAUGCUUUGAAUGCAAUGACUGCUUUAAGUCUGUGACCCAAAUACAUCACCAGGUGCUGAGUAUCUUCUCUGGUGAUGCUCUGCCAGGCCUGUACUACAGCCAUCUUUGCCUCCUGCUGGUUUUGGGGGCUACUUGCCUUAAGUUUUCACUUAAGAAUUCGAAACAUAUGUUCAUUUGAGUUCAGAUCAGGUGAAUGACUUAGCCAGUCAAAAAUUUUCCAGUUUUUAAAAACUCCUUUAUUGCUUCAGCAGUAUGUUUGGGAUCAUUGUCUUGCUGUAAGUUGAAGCACCAUCUAUCAUCACUGAAGACAAGUGAGCCAGUAUCUGUGGCAGUUGUACAUGCCCAAAUCAUAACACCCCCCAUCACCAGAUGAGGGGGAGCUUUGGAUCUUGGGCAGCUCUUUAGCCUCCAUAUUUUACUGUUGCAAUCACUCUGGUACAAGUGAAUCUUGGUCUCAUCUCACCCUUUUACAGAAAUCUUUUGGGCACUUCUUAUCAAACUGUAACCUGGGCAUCCUGUUUUUGUGGCUAACUAGUAAUUUGCAUCUUGUAGUGUAGCCUAUGUAGUAAAGUCUUCUGUCAACAUCAUGGACUGACACAUCCAGGCCUGCAUCCUGAAGAGUAAAGAGUGUUUCUGAUCUGUUGGAAAGCUGUUUGGGGUGUAGAGGUCUUCCUUGAUCUACCAGGCCGUGUGAUUUACAGUCUCAUCAGUGCUGUCUUUCUUUUUAAUGAUGUUCCAGAUAGUUGAUUUAGGUAAGCCUAAGGUUUGGUCUAUGUUUCUGACUGUUUUUUUUUUUCAUAAUUCCUUAGCCUGAUAAUGGCUUGCUUGACUUUCAUUGGCACAACUCUGGUCCUCGUGUUGACAAAUGCCAAUAACAGACUCCAAAGGCAGUCAAAAGGCUAAAAUCAAAACUAGAUACUGAAACCUCUCUAAUGCUUUCACUAAGGAAGCAAUUGAACACACCUGACUAAUCGGAAACACUUGUGAUACCAUUUGUUCCAAACAUUAUUGGGGGAACUAUGUUAAAAAAGUAGUAAUUUAUUUAGUUCAGUCAUUUAUUAAUUACAAUUUUUAUAUACAUUUUAUACAAAUUUAUUAGUAUAAAUGAUAUUUUAUUAUCAUUAAAAGUGUCUUUGUCCUAAACAUUAUAUAUAUAUAUAUCUCAAUGCACAUUUUUAAAAUACUGAUUCAGAUUCAAAGUUCAGCUUCCAAUCAUUAAAAUAAUGAGGAUAAAUGAGCUGAUUAAGAAAGAGAGGACAUCCGUUUCUCCAGAGCAUUAGGGAUGCCCAUCACUCUUAAUUUGGAGAAGAAAACUGUUUGAUGUACUACCGGAUGCACCAUUAAAGCCCUGUUUGGGCCCAUGGCCUGGUAUCAAGGGCAGCAGGUGGCUUAGAUGGAAAAGAGGCCAACUGACAAACGGAAUGUUCAAUCCCAGCCAUGGCCAAGCAGGUGAGUUCCAUUUGUGGGCAAGCAACUAGAGGGUGACUGGAGGGUUACACCUAUUGUGUCCACCAACACUACCGAAGUGUCCUUGAGCAAGGCACUGACUGCUCCAGGGGGCACUGUUCGGUAGCUGACCCUGCGCUCUGAACUCUGUGAUGAUAUUAUACAUGUUUGUAGGAUAAGUGUAUGUCUCUAGGAGAGAUAUAGUGCCGUGAAAAUGUAUUUCCCACCUUGAUUUCCUCUAUUAUUGCAUAUUUGUCACACUGAAGGGUUUGAUAUUAAACAGGGCAGGGAACCUGAGUAAAUGCAAAACACAUUAAAAAAAUUAUUUCAUUUGAUGGCAAUGUAAAUAACGGUAACGUUAAGGCCAAUUCAGAUCAAUGAUUCGCAACGAGACAAAACGGUUUUAGAAUGUUGCAGAGAAAAUUGCAGCGGUGUGAACUGGUUAGUUGCAGAGCGUCUGAAGCCGUUGCCUGGGGUUUCAAAAGACCCACCUUGUCAAUUCGCCAAGAGCAGUUAGAACGUUUACAAUCAGACGUCUUGGAAUUUAGCAAGUUGCAUCCAGUCUCGUAGCAAAUCAUUGAUCUGAACUGACCUUUAGUUAGCUACAUUGCAAGGUAGCAUUGCAUUCGAGAGACGUUUUGCGAGGUCAGUACCAGUCGGUAGCAUUAGCUAGCAUUUUUUCUAAUUGUUAGCUGACAUUAAAUUGUGUUAAUUACAUUAGCUAGCUAGCUAACGCAACGUUACCUGAUAUGAGAGAUGGACACUGUGCGCAACGUUGUCUAAACUAAUGUUGCCUUUCUUGACAUGGUCCGGUGGUAGCAUUAGCCCCCCCCCCCCACCCGUCUACCCUCUCUGGCGGACCAACCACUAAUGGGUGAUGGAAAACGCAUCACUAACUAUGCGCCGCUUGUGAUUUUUUCCCGGGAAUGUCACCACAGACACCCAGUUCUUUAAUCAUAAAUUAUUAUAUUAAUAAUAAUAAUAUAAAUUAAUAUAAUAAUAGGCUCAAUCACCAUUGUGCUACCUAAUUCGGCAAUAGAUAGUGACUUAACAGACAUUUAUUUUAAUGAAAAUCUGCGAGAUUAUUACUUUAAUGAAAAAAAUCUAACAUCCAUAUGUGUGACAAGUAUGCAAUAAUAGCAAAAAUCAGGAAUACUUUUCACAGCACUGCAUGCAGAAAAACAAAUUCCUGUUUUCUUGUGUUCAUCGGCAAAUAAAGUGUAUCUUAAUCAAAUCUGGACUGUGCCAGUGCUGACUGUGGCUGGCAGCCCCCUGGGUGACUGCUUCCCACCGUGCACUAGUAAACCCAGCUGUUCGAUCGGUUGCUGUGGCCUGCCUGUCAUGCUGCACAAAGAGUACUUUCCUCCAACUCAUGUGCUACAAACUUCAGUGUGAUAACAAGCACCAGGUGGCAUCACAUGCUUGAGAGAAUAACACGUUUGCCUGCACUCCUUUGAAUCUGUAGCAAAGGCUGUGACAAUAAGCACUGAUAAUUCCAAAAUUCCAGUGCUUUGGGUGUAUGACAAGUACAACAUUAUUAUUAUUAUUAUUAUUUAUUUGUAUUAUUCUUAUCCAUACUAGUCUGCCCUACAAAGCCGAACUGCAGUAACUAUGCAAAGGGUAAAACUGAGAAAAAUGGCUUUAAAGUAUUUUAACUGGCCAGCCAAAUGGGUUACAGGUAUAUCAGUGAUAUUGCACUAAUUGUACAUGUAUUCAUGAGGUAAUUUUUAUGCCCAAAAACCAUGAUGGCUGAUUUGACCUUUGACCCCAAAAAUGCAGUUACUGCACUCUGCCUUUGCAUUGCUAUAAAUGGUUCUAAGAGCAAUGCAAAAGCAAAGUGCAGUAACUACAAUGUUCUCAGCUUUUAUAUUGUGUUUUCAGUGAACAAAAACUAUUUUGACACUGAUUUUGUUAUAAUUGUAUUUAACAGUAUUUAACAACUCUAUGUAUGGAUUUGUGCAUGUUUAAUUAAGUCUGGACAAAUUGAGAAGUUAGACGUCAUAUUUUAGUCUUAAUAUCAUUUCAUUUCACUUUUUUACUUAUUCACCUAUCUAGAUAAUUAUUUUCCUAUCAAUUAAACUUUGCAUCAUCAUCUUCAAUUUCACCAUCGUUGUCACCGCCACCACUGUUGUUGCCUUGAUGAGUCACAUUAAUAAUUUUCAUUAUCCUUGUCUUUACAAUUUAACACAAUGAAUAAAUACAAGGCUACACUGAAUCACAGUAAAAUGUGUUUAUUAUAUUACAUGUUUUAAACAGCGGUGACUGGUGAGCUGAAAAUUGGUGGGGCGCAAAACAUUCCUUUAAACUAAUUGAUCUCAAACUGUUUUAAUUAAUUUUCAGUGAUUAACAAGCAUGCAAACGAUCUGACUAAUCAAUUGGAAAGUGACACACAGCUUCUUCGAAUUGUUAGGGAGAUUAAAUGAUAAAUGCGAUUUAGAAAAAUCCGUUUUAAUCACUAAGCAGUAGCAGAAACUUCCCAGAUUUUCCUUGAGUAUCAAUACAAUUAAUCCACAAAAUAGGCUACUCAAUACUAUCAUAGCUCUACCCAAAUAGGAAGUUUUAGCGAGUAGCCUAGGCCGUAUAGCCUACAUUUAUUUUCAUUUGCAGUACGAAAUUGUGCACAUUUUUAAUCAACAUUAUUUGCGGAUACAUGCACUUCUUUCUCCGCACUCGUAUUCAUGGCAAAUAUCCACAAUGUGUAGGCUAGAUUGUAAACAGUCUUGAAGUGCAUGACAUAGCAUUGGCGAUGAUGUGAAGUUACAGAUGAUAAUGUUACAGCUUUCAGGGAGCAGGUAAGCUAACGCUAGCUAACUAAACAUCGCCUGUCAGUCAGCAUGUGUAGCGAGGCUGACAGGUGUUUUAUAAUGUGCUAGUUUCUCAACGCUUAAUGUCAUCGUUACUUAGCCUACCUGGGUAUUUUCUUUUCAACACCAGUUCCACUAUCCUCUUUCCCCUGGAUAGUGCCAUCUUAAAUGGCUUUGUUGUGUGAGGUUAGAUGGGUGAAAUCGGCUGGUGGUAGAAUCCCAAAGCAGUCGCGUGAGGUAACUUAGAUGGGUAGAGCGCUAAAUCGGCCGGUAGGAUCCCAAAGCAGACCGCCGUAACUUCACUUACUGCGGUCUGCCAUGGUUUUGAGUCGGGUUUUGUAGUUACUGCAAUUUUUAUACAGUUUUUUCUCCAAAACAAAGCUAAAUUUAACUCUGAAACUUUGUCACAAGAUAAAACAGAUAUCAAGAAGUUAUUUUUAGUUAACUCAGUUUCGACCAAAAAUGUAGUUACUGCGGUUAGCCUUUGGACGGCAGUAGUGAAGUAGCUCCUAUAGGCUAUAUAUCCAUUUUGCGUGCGCAUCCGUUAUUUUUAUUGGUUCAUGUAGCUAAAUGUCCAAUGGGGAGACAUAUUCUUUGUGGGCCUGGAACAUUUGUGAUGAUGUAAUCGGCAGGAAAAAGGAGGAGGAAAAAACACAAAAUCCCCUAAGUUUAGGGAUUUAUUGUGUGUACGUGUGUAAUAGCUUGUGAAUUCUGUCUGUUCACAUGAGGUCAGAAGGUACAGAAAUUAAUGUUUUUAAGGAAUGAGCACCUGUGGUCAUUGUGGUUAUUUUGGUGGAAAACCCAAAUAACCACAAUGUGCUGUAUAGGUAUGGGGCGUGCCACCCCACCAAGCUGUAACUUGGCAUACCUGCCGUCCCAAUUAAAACACUUUUCUUCAAA